AUCAGUUCGCCUUGGUUCGCCUCAGUUCGCCCGUUAGUCAGUUAGUGGUGUCACAUUUUCGCGAAUCUGACUUUCUUGAACAAAUUACUCUUCACAGUAUUAUCGUUAUAAGACAGAAUCCUCUCUCAGGAAUCCAAAUAUGAGCAAUCAGCGAAGACGUGCACACGAUUUCACGGAUUCUUUAAGUAGUUUCCGUCUAACCAUAAGUAAGGGAGAGAUCAUCCCUCGAGCGUCGUCAGAGAACAGAUUAAAUGACAUGAGAAAUACACAAGGUGAAGCUGAAAAAUAUAGCCGUUCAAGGAACAAAUCUCGGGAUUCCAUUAUUCUAGCAGGUAGUUUAGCCAGUCAGCGAUGUAGCUCAUUAUCCGACUUGUGCAAUACUGCUCAGGAAAGCUAUAAUGCCACAUAUGAUAAUAAGCAGCCUCAAUCAAUGGAUACAUUGGAUUCGACAUCAUAUUUGUCGAUCAAACCUGAUUUAAACAAAUGUAUAAAUUUGUUCCAUAAUGAACACCUGAUUAAAGAAUAUGAUACUCUUGAAAAACAAUUAAAUACCACAUUACCUGAAACAAGUGCAAAUAUCAAUAUUCGUCAUUUAAGUAAUAUGGCCGAGGAACAACAGAGUUUUAAUAAACGCCAACGUUCUGUGUCAAUAGAUUCAUUAGAAAAUACAGUCUUACUCGGUCAAGAACUUACAAGGUCUAAGAGCUACACUACGUUCGAUAGAAUUUUGAAUAGAGAUACCAAUCAUAAUAUUAAAGCUGACCAGCUUUCUUCUAAGAUUGUAACAAGUUGCAGUGAGAAUGUUGAAAAAAUUAUUCCGUCCUUUAAUGCAUUGAAAUUGUCACAGUCUUCUGCUUUACCAAGAAGGAAAGAUGAUUCGUACCUUGCGGAAGAUGAGCGGCACGAUUCAACAAGCAGCGAAACGAGCUCCAAAGAAGAACUUGAUCCUUUGGAAUUAAGAACGUUCCUACAUUCGUUGGCGGAUGAAAAACCAUUGAAAGAAGCAACUGUGCAACAGCGUCUUCUGAGACGUUUAUCCGCAAAUUGCUAUGAUUCACCAAAAGGCUUUACAGAAGGAUUGCUAACUAUAAUUGAAGAGUCCAUUAUAAACGAUUCCUUACAAUAUCCAGAAGUCAGCGUAUACAGAUUCAACGAAGAGCUUCGAAGAAUGUGUAAAUUUAUAGAGGAUGAAACCAUUCCCGAAUGGCCUCAGUCUCCUGGUAUGUCGACAUCAAUUUAUGCAAGAAGAAAAAGUCAAGAAUGUAAAUCUAAUGUUUCAUGGAAAUCUCUUUUUCCUGGAACUCCUCUAAAUAAUAAUAAAACUCUAUGUUCAACACCUAUUUCUCCCCGACGUAAUAUUAGAAGCCCCAAGAAAAUAUGUCGGCGUAAAUCAAAAAAUACUUCUACUUUGUUGCUUGAUAGCACAAAUAACUUUGAACAUCUAGAAGCGUAUUGUGAGACUUUAUAUCCGGAAGAAUCCAGGAGUCUCUCGGGAAGGAAAGACAGUCAAUCACAGUCUUCCUCGCGAAGCAUGGAAGAUAUUCGACGAGCGUAUGAAAGUCAAAUGGCUUCUUUGGAGGAUUCCUUCAAUAUUCAGGAAGAGAUAAGAAAAGCUGGGACAUGCACCUCGGUAAAUCAACACCUAAAUAAAACACCUAAAACGCAAAAUUUGCAACACAGAUUGGUAUCAAAUGAAAAGUACGAUAAAACGAAAUCGAAGAAAGAUACAUUUAACCAGCGAACACAACGUAGUAAGCAUCGUGAAAUAAUCGAACUUGAAAGUUCGCUCAUGUAUGAGAUUGCGAAGGAAAGACAAAGGUGCAUUGACACGGCAAAAAUAAUGGAAAUUAAUGAAAAUUCAGAAUCAGUAGAAGAUAUACAUCCGAAAAUUGUAAUCAGCAAAUCCUCGCCAACUACAAACGAUGAUAAAUUCAAGAAAAUUCUAAUGUGUGUCAAGAAAUAUCAAGAUUACUUGGAAGAGCGCAGACCUAUACUCAAUUUACUUCACGGAGCAAAAUUGAAUAGUCCUCGUACUCCUCGUGACGGAAAAGACAUUCGAGCUAAGAAGAGUAAGAAGAUGUCCAACGAAAAUCUCGAUUCUUGUUCGUCGAUUUUAUUAGGGAAUAAGUCAUUAAGGACGCCGAAGCGUUCGCCAGGAAAGAAAAGUAUAAGUCCUUCGUCGGCGAAACAUCGACCUACCAAAACAUUUGUUUCAAAACCACGGCUUUUUAUGACCCCUGGAAAGACGCCUGUUAAGGGCUGCAGACCAAAGCGCCAGUAUUUUCCAACUUUGCUGCCGAACUUAAAUAAGCAAGACGAGUCGACAAUGAAAAAAAUUUAUCGUCAGAUGGAAAAUUAUGAUCAUGUAGUAUCCCCUGUUGGCAUGUACAUCAAGGGCAAGAAACCCUAUCUGAAGAAAAAUCUACAGUCUAAAACGGACGAAGAAGUAUUUACAUCUGAAAGAAAGCAGACUCAAUCGCCCAGUCCAAGAAUUAUGAAGUUUCGACCAUCUCCAAGACAAACAGAGAAGGUGACUGGAACAACAAUAGGAGACGAAAAGGUUGCUGAUAAUGGAAGCAAAAACGAAAAAUGGGAAAUCGUAUACUUAAAUGAAUUACUGCGCUAACAUAAGGUCGUACGCAAUCAGUCCAGAUCACUUGGAAUAACGAAGUCCAGAUCACUUGGAAUAACGAAAUUCAUUACGAUUUCGCAGAAAAGUCCGUGCACAUUGAAUAGAUAAUGCGCAAAACAUUCUCACGUACAAAAAAAAUUGUGUGACAAUCUAUGUUUCAUACACGUUUCAUAAAAUUUUUCUAAAUAUUUUUAUAUAUUAUAGUUUUAUUAAAAGUGCAAUUGAAAUUAUUUUUUUGUGUCAAGUAUUAUUUCACAUUUUUGUGUCGUAACACUGUAUUUUGCUACGCAUUUUAUUGCCAUUUUGGUCCGCAAGUUUAAGCAGUCUUUUUGUUCAUCAUAGUUUGGAGAUGAGUGUGAUCGAUGUAGUUGGAUGUAGCGUAAGUCUUACACUCUAAAAUGAGAUGUAUCUCCGACAGUAUCAUGUGUGCAAAUACUUUCUGCGAGUCGCUAUUGUGAUUCCAAUAGCAUAUGUGUCUAAUUCGACUCUUUGUGGUGUCGUCGAUCGGCCGAUGAGUAUAUUUCCAGAAUUUGUUUAUAAACUUAAGUCGGCGCGGCCAAGCGCUCGCGAGAGAGAGCGUUUGCCCGCGCGCGGCUAAUUAGUGUAGUGUUGCCAUCUUGUUAGGGGCAACUCUAUAAUUCGAUUUCCUACUUCCUAUCGAAGAUAGCAGGAAAAUUAAAUCUAUUACUCGAACCUGUUUCUUGAAAAAUAGCAUGCAGUAAAAUAGGUACACAACAAAGAAAAGUGACGUCAAUUCAAAAGUCUACACAUUCUCGUUCUUAUCUAAUAGUUGGGAAAGAAGUUUGUGACGUAUACAUACGUUGUAUACAUUGCUACACGUUGAAUGUAAAAUAGGAGCGAGAAGAAAACACGGAGAGCUUUUUAAUGGAAAUUGCUUCGAAUAAACAUCGACAAGAACGAUUUUACGAGAGACGUCAUAAAAUCUGCUGUGGAAAAAUGGAGUAAAUAUGGUAAAAAGCCGGAUGGAAAGGUUUCAAAGAGCGGCGAUCAUCAAAUACGUGGUUCUCACAAUCUAGAAUGCUGUGGAAGGUCCUCUCUUCCUCUCUUAUCGAUACGACACGUGAUUUAUUUAUACCAGAGGGUGGUUGCUUGAGGGAGAGUUCUUCAGCCCACGCAAGCCCAGCAUAAUCCUGAUGGCCGGCACCGGGGUAUACGUUAAGUAUUUUUCUCAUACGCAAAAAAAGACCGAUCUUGAGUCAAUAAUACCUUCGAGAUCUAUGCCAAUAUCGCGGCACUUAAUUUUUAAUUAGGCAAUCAGGAAGCAGAACAUAUUGUACGAGGACACUUAUUAUUGACAUGAUUUGAGUGUCCUUCAUAUGCCGGACUUGAGUAAAACUUUUUUGAUCUUACGUAACAUUCCACUUCCUGAUAGACAGUAGAUGUCGGUCAAUCACCACGAAAAUGUAUAAAAAUUUGUAAAUAUUGUUCGUUAAAUUAUUGCAGAGCUAUUUUUUGUGCCAGUAAUAUUUAUGUAUACCUUCUUUUAUUAAAUAUCUUUACUCGUUUAUGUAUUAAAUAUUUAGUUUUUCAGUGGAAAAUAAUAUUCAAUUUAUAACUGUGUAAGAUCAAAUUCUUUAGAGAUAAUAUGAUACAAAAGUUAAAAUGUCCAAAGUUAGUAUAUAUUAUCAUUCAUUCUAAUGAUUGAGUUUAUUUAAAAAUUCCCUAUUUUCAUUUUUAAAUUUAUAUAUAAAUCUAUAGGUACCUACUAGGUCGGUGUCGUAUAAUGCUAACAUUUUGAAGUUUUAUGAUUUUAUGAUUAUCAAGCUCGUAUUUGUACACAACGAUAAGAACGAAUACGAUUAAAAAUAUAUUAAGACAAAAAUUAUAUCAAACUUAAAUGCGCACAUUGAUUCGAAUUAAAUAUCUACAGGAACGUCGCAGUACCAUAGGGAUCGAAUAGAGAUAACGUGAUAACGCCGCUUCCUACGUCAUCCUAUUAGUCGACAACCUGUUAGAAAAACUCGUGUCACUGGAAUCGCACGGCCCUGAAGAAUUGCGCAUAGCACACAUGUUGACGAUUGCACACGCUGCGCGGUUGCGCUUGUCAAGCCGCUCGGAACCAAGCCCGGCCGUGGUGGGGAAGGAUCGAUAAAUACGAAGCCGCGACGUUCUACUGGCGAGUAAGCAUUCCGCUGCAUUAUCUCUUCGAGCCUCUACCGUGAAGCGACAAGCCAAAGCCAACCAAAAUGCCGGGACCAGGAUGCGAUAAAUGCAAGGACAAAUGCCAGGACUGCAAAUGCGGUGACAAUUGUUCGUGCUGCGAUUCCGGAUGCAAGGACCAAUGUGCCUGCAAAUCGGGUGGAAAGUGCUCAUGCAAGCCUUGCACCUGUUAAUUAAUAACCAUGCCAAGGACAAUCGACGAUGGGAGUGAUAAUAAAUCCCUAAUGCGCUCGAGUAAAUCCAAUAUAUAGGCAAAAUUCGAAAUACAUCACUAUCCAUGUAAAAUUUCACGCUUAGUAAAUGUUAUAGAUGCGAUGCAGAGCUUUUGCGUUUUUAAACAGUUAAUAAAUUAAUAAAAUGUA